ACAACCUUGUGGUUCCAUCCACCUCAGCUGUACCUACUGCCCAGUCCCUUAGCUUCAAUGACUUCAACCUCUCAUCUGAUGAGUGUGACAAAGUUGAAUAUAUGCCGAAGAGGAGGGGUCGUCUCAUAAGCAGUAGCAGUGAUGAUGGCUCUGACUCAGAGUUGGAGGCAAGGAUGCAGGAAAGGCAUGCCUCUAAAUGGCCUGUUUUUGUGUGGCAAAGGAAGUUGAAUGUCCCAAAGCGGUUUGGGUUUUGUGCCCGUCCUAUAGUCAAUGUCAGUGACCUGCACCAAGGAUCCACACCUUUUGAAAUAUAUUCCCACUUCAUCACACCCAAGCUCAUGGACUGUUUUGUUCAAGAGACUAACCGGUACUACCACCAGCAACCAUUACCCCCUUUGUCACACAAGAGGAAAUGGCAUAACACUUCACGGGAAGAGCUGCAUGCCUAUUUUGGGCUCUGGCUGUUGAUGGAUUUGCAUCCAAGUUCAGACAUUGAAAUGUACUGGCAGGACCCAAUCUUCUACCAGCCUAUGUUCCCGAAGACUAUGUCAUUAGAUCGUUUCAUGCAGCUGACACAGAAUCUCCAUAUGGUGGAUAACAGUGCAACACAUCCUGUUGAUGACUGCUUAUGGAAAUUUCGUCCAUUGAUUAGUACGCUUAAUCAGCAGUUCUCAUCAGUGUAUACUCCUCCCCAGAAGAUAACAGUUGAUGACAGUAAAUGGGGGUUGUUCUGGAAUGGUCACUGAUACACCUCAGAGUAAGAAAAAGAGUGUGAAGCCGAAGGUAGUCUCUGACUACAUUGCCGGGACAAAGGGAGUAGAUACGACCAACCAAUUUCUUGUGUCCUACCAGACUGUCCGAAAGUCCAUCAAAUGGUAUAAGAAGGUGAUAUUGUACCUUCUUGACAUAGCUGUAGUUAACUCCUUCUGCGUGCAUCAGGCCCUGGGAGGGAUGUUAAGCCAGUUUGAUUUCCAAGUACAGCUCAUCCGUGAUCUUCUCCAAGAGUCCACUACCAUAAGGAGGGGAUCGAACCAAAGGAAUAAACACCCAACCACAGUCCCAUUGGAGCGUCGUCUUCAGGGAACAAUAUCACACCAUCAGCAAGUGGUUCCUGGUAGGAAAUAUCGCCGCUGUAAGAUGUGCAGGCAAAAUGGUAAGAGGAAGGUGACUAGGAUCAUAUGCAGAGCCUGCAAAAUACCCCUUUGCAAGUAUGGCUGCUUCGAGCAGUGGCACUCGCAGACAUAAGCAGGAGUUGCCCUCUUCCUCAUCAUCAUUGUUAUUAGUGAUUUUGGCAGUGGGAAUUUCUUGGCUUAUUUUUUUCAUCUUUGUAAGUGAAAACAGAAUUAAAAAAUAGAUUUUUUUCCUCCCAUAAUUCUAUAAUACAUAACAGAGUUGAAAGAUCAUGGUGAGCCUAUACAGUCUUUUGCGACAUUAAUAAACCAGAUCAGAUGGCUAAUAGUAAUCUCACAAUAUGUUAAAACACAAAGAAAAUUAAUUACACAGCAAAAAAAUUUGUUCUCCAAGUGGAUGUAAUGGCAAAAAUCAGUUCCUUGUAUACAAGUUAAUUCUUUAUUAUGUUUUGAGCUGAUAGCAAUGUAUCCUCAUAAAACCUGUGUGCAGUGUUUUAGGUAUAUUGAAGGAUCCCUUUGAUGAAUGUCAGAACUUUAUACUGUGUUGAUACAUUUGUAGAAAUAUCACUCUGCACAUAUGUAUAUUGUAAGGUGAGACAGUAGUUAACCUAUUUCAUGUUUGGGGAUUUUCCACCAUGGAACUCUUUAUGUGUUCCAAGCAAAAUGCCAUAGAUUAUCCAAUUGUUGGCAAGUUCGUAGUGUCAUAAAUAGUUUCCCUUGUAAUCUGUUAUUCAAAUAUAUAAUUUUUCUUUUUUACUGACUGUUUCAAGGAAAAGCUAUUAAGUGAACACAUAUUCUACAUAUAUUUAAUUUUGAGAUAGAUCAACAUUUAAAUUUGAUGAGAUUAACUGUAUAGGGAUAUGUAAUUACUAUAGUAAGGUAUUGAAUAUAUGUUAGCCUUCUCUGCAGGUGCUACUUCUGAGGAACAUCACAAGUUCUCAGAAGUAGAAAGUGAGGUACAUAUUAUUCAAAAGAGUAGAAAUUAGAUAUUGGAGAAAUUAAUAACUCAUAUUAAAAGAAAAUAAAUGUUACCAAUUCAACUUGCCUAUAGGUGACAUGCAAACAGGACAGUUUCUGUAGAAUAAAGCCUAACGAAGUGCCUUAUCACUUUAGUUAUGUACAGUAUGUUGACAUAAUAGUUUAUGGAUUCUGCAGUAGGCAUAAUACUAUUGCAGUACAAGUAUACAAAAUAAAAGUCCCCUAUCAAAUGUC